AUGAUGGCAAAGGGCGGGAGCUCUUUGGAAAUUGUGCAGGAUGCCAUUCACCAGCGCUUUGUCGACAUGCGCCGUGCGUUCCAGAACAUCGACCUCGACGGCAAUGGCAGGCUCUCGGAGGCACAGGUCCGUGGAGCGUUGGACAACUGGAACGCGCCACUCGAGGACAAGCAAAUCGCGGCCCUUUUCCGCGCUUGCGAUCCCGACCAAGACGGCCAGAUUGACUACAAAGAGUUUGUGGCCGCACUGGCACGCGAUACUGUUGCGCCCGAGGUGAUGGCGCAGAGAUGCCAGCCCAAGAGGGACGUCGAGCGCUACCGAAGGCAGAACUUUGACGAGCUGCCUGGCCAGAGAUGCAAAGGACCUCUCGAGGCACGGCUGGGCGAUCCAAAAUGCGGAGGACUCGCGAGGCCCGCGACCGCGUAUGAGAUCUUCUUUGGCGACCGAAAAGAGGACUCGCCCUCCUCCGUCGCGUUCCGGGACGCGCGCGCGAAGGCCGAUGCACUGAGGGCGAAUAGUGAGGACCCGUUCAAGAUGGGCAAGAAGAAGAAGAAGGGCGGCGGGAGUGGCAGCGCUGGGCCGUCGCAGGAGUCCGAGGCGCCUUCAGAGGAGGCAGCCGCAGCCAAGCCCGCGAAGCUGGACAGGGAGGGGUUGAUCAGGCUUCUCGAGACGCUCCACGAGGAGCGGAUUCGGGCCAGGGCAGAGGCGGCCAUGGCGGCAGCAGAGGCGGCAGCAGAGCUCUCGUAG